AUGGACACGCUUGAGGUAGAACUGCCUAGGCGCAUUCUGAACCGGUUCUACCCAUUCCCUAAUGCUGUUCUGCACCCUCAUUUAACUGCAUGGAACCUGGGGCUCGCACUGCACCUGGCCUGUCUGCAGGAUGACGGAGAAAGAGUCACUCAGCUGCAGUUGAUGGGGGCCAGUCGCCACGCACUCAAUGAGAGUGGAGUAACUGUCCUCGAGGUUGCGGAGCGCAUGAAUCGUGUCAAUAUCAUCAAGCGUCUAAUGGCUGAUGUGAACAUUGCUGUGGUUGGUAUACUGGAGAUGCUCUAUGCCAUCCGUCGCGGCCAGGCCACCGUGGUGCGUGCUUUGAUGGAGAUGGGGGUCAAGCAGCAGCUCCAGGAUGAGGUGUUGUUCCGUGGCGUGUUUGUCAUGGCCUGCACGAUCAGCAAUGUCUUCGUCGUCCAAGCGCUUCUUAAACACGGCCCUCCCCUUAGUGUCGCUCCUUUUGAGGAACUCCUCGUCCUGGUGGCACGCCAUACAAACCAUCAUGAAAUUGCCGAAUUUAUCCAUGAGGUCUCCGAUGACGAACGUCGUCGUACUGCGAGAGAUACUGAGUCCUACUCUUUCCUUGGAAACAUGUUUUCAGAAGAGAACUUCAACCGUCUGUUUGACGAGUUCAUUCAGAUGCCCAACAUUCCAAACACCCAUACCGCGGAGGGCAAGCAAAAAGGGGGUGGAAAAGAUGCCGAAGCAUAG